UUCGCGAUGACUUGCAGCGUCGCGAGGAAGAGAUACGCCAAGUAAAGGACCGCCUGCUCCGUGUUGAAGAAGAAAAGAAGAAGAAGGAAGACGGCAUCCGUAACAGUGCCGGUGGGGUGACCAACUCCCUUCUGGCGCUGCGCGUGAAGCAGUUGGAUGCACAGUACAACAAGCUUCUGGGGGCGAAGGUGGAUGCCGUCUUGCAGGAGGGCUCGACGGCGCGGAUCAACGCGGAGGUGAAGGAGUUGUUUGCACAGAUGAAGGCCAAGAUGAUUGCCGAUGCGUGUCGGCACGAGGCGGAGGUGCUACUCCUGAAUGAGAGUCUCUUUGACACCGAGAAACGUCUCGCCACGGCGCACCAUGGCCUGCAGGGGCCCACCGUGUAG